AUGGCUCCUCCAGACAGUACAGAAGCCAUCCAGAAUCGAGAGCUCAAAGGGGUUGAAAAAGACGGGGUACAGACUCCAGCGGCAAAGCAAGCUCCGGAAUUUAAUGAGCAGACCAACUAUGUACCAGUAAAAACUAUCAUUACGAUAUUCCUGGCCUGCGCGACAGUCGAUCUCCUGGCAUUAAUGGACCAGACAACGCUUGCUGCAAGUUUAGCAAUCGUCAGUAAAGAGCUUGGAGCGAGUUCGGAAAGUGCCUGGAUUGCCGGGGCAUAUUUCCUCACAUCGACUUCUUUCCAACUUCUCUACGGCAGGCUGUCAGACAUUUGGUCUCGAAAAGUUCUGCUGGUCGCUGGCAUUUUCAUCUUCUUCUUUGGAUCUCUAGCUGCAUCCUUGGCAACAUCAGCCACACAACUGAUCAUCUUCCGUGCAUUCACUGGUGUCGGCGGCGGUGGUCUCAUGAGCGUUGCUCAGAUGAUUGUCAGCGAUAUCGUACCGCUUCGCGAGAGAGGAAAGUAUCAGGGUAUCCUAGGAUCCGUUGUUGCGCUCGCUAAUGGCAUCGGUCCUGUCAUCGGAGGUGCGUUUGCGUCUCGUGGGCAUGGUUCUUGGAGAUGGAUUUUCCGCUUAAAUUUGUUUUUGAGUGUGCUCACUACAACGUGUGUGUACUUUUUCAUGCCUCUGAGAAAAGUGAAUGGCAACUGGAAGAGGAAAGUGGCUGCUAUCGAUUUCCCAGGAUGCGUUCUAUCUUUAUCAGGAUCAACGUUGCUCGUGCUAUCUCUAACUUGGGCUGGUGGCGAAUAUGCCUGGAAUUCCGUCCAAGUCAUCACCACCUUGGUACUUGGCAUCUGCGUUAUGCUAGUAUUCGUGAUGUGGCAAUGGAAGGGUACUUCGGUUCCUCUGAUACCAUUGGUCAUCUUCAAGUCGAAAGUAGUCAAUGGAGCGACACUGUCAAUGUUUGUCAAUGGAUGGAACUUCCUCGUCCAGGUUUACUACAUUCCGACAUUCUAUCAGCUUGUCUACGGCUACUCAGCCGUCAAGUCAGGAGCGCUUUUGCUGCCGAUCACAUUGACUCAAACGUUGUUCAGCACGCUCUCGGGAUUGGUCAUCCACAAGACCGGAAGAUAUCGAGAGUGUUUACUCUUAGGAUGGGCAGUCUGGGCCAUUGGACUUGGUCUAUACUCUACCCUUGACAGUCCAUCGCUUGGUCAACAGAUUGGCUUUGGGCUUCUGACAGGCUUCGGGCUCGGCAAUACCCUCCAGCCUUCGCUGAUAGCGAUUCAAGCUGGAGUAGAACGAAAGCACAUGGCGGUCGUGACAUCCACCAGAAACUUUGUCCGCAACUUAGGAGGCACUCUUGGUCUAGCCUUGUCUGGUACAAUCAUCAACAAUGUCGUGGCUACUAGUCUCAACACUCAGGAGCUGUCAAGGCCCGAUGUACAGCUCUUGCUCAACUCGCCAGGCAUCUUCCGCGAAGCCUUUGGCGAACAACGUACCGAGAUGGCUCGUAUUGCACUUGCAUCAGCUUACCGCGAUGGCUUCAAGAUUAUCUUCAUCGUGGGAGCGGCACUCAAUGCCUUUUCAUUCUUCCUUGCGUGGUUUUUGAUGCCGCAGGUCGCUCUUGAAAGGAAAGAUGAUGACCAGCUGAAGGCAGAAGGACAAAAAAGGCAUGCAGAGAAGCGCGUGGAUUCUGCCACUCUCGUCGCACUCACGCUCGCCGCAACUGGUCUCGCCCAGAUCCCAGACGGCUAUCGAAGAGUCUACAUCACAUCCAAACAAGACACGAAAUUCGUCAUUGUCCCCAAAGCAAGAACAGCAGGCACCACGCUCGUCGUACAAACCUUGACCUCCACACCCGACCAACAAUGGUACAUCAAACCCAACGCAACCAGCAUCCAACUCGCCGACACAACCCUAUGCAUGGACGCCGGACCCAAGAGCGGCUGGAAAGACAUGGCCAACGUGUAUAUCCGUGAAUGCGCGGAUAACGAGCAGCAAAAGUGGGUUGCGCAGGAUGAUGGGAGGAUUGCGUUGCAGGCGUCGACGGGGACGCAGCAGUGUUUGGAUUUGCAGUAUUUGAGGGCGACGCAGAAUAAUCCCGUUGGGUUGUAUAAUUGUGCGGGGUUGGGGAAUACGGGGGCGGCGGAUAAGGGGAUUAAUUGGCCGUUGGUGGAUGCGACUGUUUGA